AUCCAUUUAUGAUAUCCUAUGUCCUCUCUUAAAAUUGUGACCAAAAAUAAAGUUAAAAGAUAAGAAGAAAGAAGAAGAAGAAGAAGAAGAAGAAGAAGAAAGAUUUUCUUAUCUAGUUAUCCACAAGGUAAUAAUACAGUUCCUUAAACUCAGGAAGAAAUAGAAAACGACAGAAACAUACAACAUGUGGAGAUUCUAUCCCUAAAAGGCUAAAACCUGUCCAAAACGUGACGUACAAUUCAUUUUAUCUUCUCCUUACAAGUUAUCUUCUAAUAGGAGUUUUUGUUUUAGUUCAGAAACUUUUGAGUCUUUGAGUAAAAGAUGUUGGAAGGGAAAGCGAAGGUGGAAGAGACAGACAUGCCAGUGAAGAUGCAAAUACAAGCAAUGAGGAUUGCUUCUCAAUCUCUUGAUCUUUUUGAUGUCUUUGACUCUAUUUCCAUCGCUGCUCACAUCAAGAAGGAGUUUGAUGAGAGAUAUGGAAGUGGAUGGCAAUGUGUUGUGGGAACCAAUUUUGGGUGUUUCUUCACACAUUCUAAAGGAACUUUCAUCUAUUUUCAUUUGGGGACUCUCAACUUCCUCAUCUUCAAAGGCGCCACUCUUUAGUUUCUAAACCACAUCCAUCUUUUUUUCUUUUUCUUUUAAACUCAAAAAGCUUUUUGUUUGUGUAAGAAUUAGCUGUUCUUUUUCUUUUCUUUUUUGUAAUUAUAGAUCUUGUUUCUAAUAAAAUUGUGAGAUAAUGUAUCAUUUUGGGACUAAAUAAAAUAAGAUGUUGAUUAAGAGAAUUAA